UCGCCUUCCGACUACAUUGACCGCACAUGCGCAGUAGACGGAAGCGGUAAUGUUUUGUAACAGAGCAUGUAGUAGCCCAGGCUACUUGAAAGACGAUUUCUGAGUUUGUUUAGUUAAGCGAUACGUAUUUCUUUGAUAUUAAUCAGGGGAUCGAUCCCUGUCUUCUUCUUUGUCAACGUCCCGGAAGGGAGGCUACGGUUUAGACUAUUAAAUAUUUGAAAAUGGAUAAAACUUCUCAGAACAGGUCUGGGAUAAAACGAAAAUCCGCAGGUAUCAAGGAAGAAGCUACCGGCAAGAAGAUAAAAAAAAGCCUUACGAGUGGUGAGAUGAGUGGAAAGAGCUCCAAAGCGCACAGUUGUGCAUCUUCGAAUGUGAAUAAGAAAUCAAAAGAACAAAAAGUGAAAAACGAUGCAACGGAUAAAACUCCUAAGAAAUUAAAAUUCUCUAGUCAAGAUUCCACUCCCACAUCUAAAGGCGAGGGCAAGGACAAGAAGGAUAAGAGCACAUCUUCCGUGAAGAAAAAUGAAAAAGGACAGUUGGUUUUCCAAGAAUACCCAGAGUUUAGGCCCAACAUGACUCCAAAGGAAGUCUUACAAGCAGGCAGUUUUGGUGGCACCUAUUUCAGACCCAUCUACUCCAGUGUCACAAAACAGAGCUACAAAGACGUAUGGAAGGACCUUCCUGUGGACUGGCUGGAAGGUUUAAACAUUCCCAAACAGGUGGCAUCACCAACCUACAGGGAAGAUGUGAACACAUACAAGGUGAAGUGUGGAGGCAGUCUAGAGAUGUGGGAGAGCAGUGGCUGGAUCGUGUCUCAGGACCCCUACGGCUGGUUUCAGUGGUACUGCAGGUUUUAUUCGGGUCGUCGCACAAAGGAUGAUGAGCGCCAGAUGAGCCGAUGGGCAAAAUGCACCGGGGUGAAAGGUCGCUGGAAGAACAAUCUCAUCACUAAAAUUGUGCGGUCGGGUUGCGGCUAUGACAACUUCACUGUUUCCCCAGUGGUGAGGCAGACCUUGCAGCACUGGGGCUACAGACUGACUCAGGAAGACUACAAAGAGGGGGCCAAGAGAGUCAAAGCCAAGUGACCUUUCUGCUGAAGCAUAGGGUUUCAUUUGAAAGAGUGGCUUGUGGGAGUUUGUGUUUGUAUGAAUUAUCACUUUAAUUCAAUUUAACUUU